UGUUUUUUGUGGAACUAAACACAAAUUCGAAACGUUAGCAAAACAAAAACACGGAAGAAUCAGUUUGUUUUGAAAUGUACGCUGCGAAUGCCGGGUAGACAUCAAGUUCAAAAAGGAAAAAGUGAGAGUGGGGUCGUGCAGAAAAUUGCGUCUCGUGUGCGCGAAGGACUUGUCUCGGAUAUUGGGACAUCGACCCUACCGUGUUAUCUGCAGCUGUGAAUGGGUGACAAUUUUUUUUUUCUCCCUCCGUGCCGGCCAGUAUAAAUUGUGUGUAGCCAUUUUGCAACGGUUUCAGUUCGCUUGAAACGACCGGUCGGGUUGUACCAUGAUGGUUCGGUUAAAGUGAGUGCGUUGAUUUACGCGGAAUUAUGAAAAAAAUUUCCGUCAAUUCAGCAGGUUGUUGAGUUCGAGUUCGGUACAUUUAUAGUUUAGUGGCUAGCCGCCUGAUUAAGGGUUAAGAGCAGCAUCAUUGAAGCAGAUCGUUGGCACGUGUGGCGUUAAAGUUUUCUCUUGCUCACUCGUGAUCGGUUGGAGAGCGACAAACGUGACAAAGUUGAUCGAUUUUUUUUUGUUCUUUCGUUCGGAUAAUGGAGCAGAGCGAAAAUAAAGCGAUGAUGAAGCAUAGCGCGGAAAAGGAAACCGCGUUCCACCAGCUGAGUGAUGCUGCCAUUAUGGAGCGUAUGCUGCGGGUGCGAUACGAGCACGCAAAGAACCAGAAAAAGGAUUACUCGCAUUUGUUCAGGAGCAAAUCGCGCUGGGACUUCGUGCGACUGUCCUUCGUCAUAAUGGGCAUCGAGUUCGUGUACUCCGCAGAAACGGCAUUCGUUUCACCGAUUCUGCUCGGAAUUGGCGUAGAGCAUCAGCUGAUGACCUUGGUGUGGGCCAUCUCCCCCCUGGUUGGGUUUUUCGUGGCACCCAUCCUGGGCACCAUUAGCGAUCGAUGCGUCUCAAAACUGGGUCGGAGAAGACCGGUGCUGCUGGGACUGUCCUUCAGUAUGCUACUCGGCUGCAUCCUGGUUCCGUAUGGCGAAAACGUUGGCAAGUUGUUCGGUGAUUUGGGAGAAGUGUUUCCGGAAGCGCCCUCCAACCUGUCACAGAUUGUGAAUUCUAAUCUAUCGGACUUUACGCCGUACAAGUUCAAUCGGAUCGAAGAGGAAAUAGGCUCGCACGAGAUGAACUACAAAUGGGCGAUUUUCUUCACUAUUCUUGGAGUGUUACUGUUAGAUUUCAGUGCUGAUACAAGCCAUAUGCCAGCUCGUGCCUAUUUGCUGGAUGUUUGCUUACCAGAGGAGCACGGCCGUGCUUGCAGCACCUUCUCCAUUCUGGCCGGCAUCGGUGGCUGCCUAGGGUAUGCCCUCGGCGGUUUCAACUGGGACAAUACAUCCUUCGGGGAGUUCCUCGGCGGAAGCAUAAAAACCGUCUUCACCAUAGUUGGUUUCAUUUUUCUGGUCUGUUUGAUACUGACCGCCACCAGUUUCCGGGAGGUUCCGCUACCGGUGAUGGAAAAGGAUGAUCUGUUGAAACCGCUGACGGAGGUCACGAUCAAGAAGGAACGAGCCAAGAUCAUCAAUUCGCUUAAGACGAUCGAUGAGAAAGGUCAACCAGCUCCCCAAAUGAUUACAAAUGCAUUGACGGAGAUCGAGAAGGAGGCGGAGAAACCAAUGAUAGACGACUCCAUCUCGGAAGAUGAGGAUAAUUCGAUGACGCUGAGAGAUUUCCUGAAAAGCAUCAUCCUGAUGCCAAAAUCGAUUGCGAUUCUUUGUCUGACGAAUUUGUUAUGCUGGAUGGGUCAUUUAAGUUUUUGUUUGUACUUUACCGAUUUCGUUGGCGAGGAAGUGUUCAAGGGCAAUCCGGCUGCACCAUCCAUAUCGGAAGACUAUCAGUUGUACCUGGAGGGAGUUCGCUACGGUUGCUACGGUUUGGCGAUCUAUUCGUUGGCCUGCUCGUGCUACUCGUUUACAAUCGAGAAGCUGAUCAAAGUCCUGCGAGCCCGAAUCGUGUACGGUGGUGGAUUGCUGCUGGAUUCUAUGGGGAUGAUGCUGAUGGCAGUAUUCCCAAACAAGGUGACCGUUUUCGUCUUCAGUGCCACCGGCGGAAUCGUUUAUGCGCUUCUGUUCACUAUGCCUUUCCUGCUGCUUGGACAGUAUCACGCUAAGGAACGGUUCAAAGCCAACAAAUCCGGUAAGCCACAAGAACCGGAACGGAAGCGAGGUCUUGCGACCGAUAUCGCCAUGGUUGGCGGAAUGAUUUUCGUGGCACAGAUUAUUGUUUCACUUGGACUGGGCUCGUUUAUCUCGUGGCUCGGGUCGACGACAGCCGUUAUUUACGCUGCCGGGAUCUGCAGUUUUCUAGCAGCAAUCUCGUCAACGCAGGUGGUUUACAUGGACUUGUAAGAGAUCGUGGGAAUUCGAAAUCUCACUAGUACUAGCAGACUUCAGAAUUCACUAAUGAUACUCAUGUUAUACUACAUCAUCGGUACGCACUGUAAUAAUCUGUAACACAUCCUAGAUUCAUUGAAAUGUAAUGUGAUACUUAAAAACAAACAUGUUAGAUAGGUUAUGUUCAUUGCCAUCUAGUUAGGUUAUAAAAAUGGAAUGCUUUUAAUGCAUGUUUUUCUAGGUUCUUUUAUUGUAUGAGAUAUUUUCAGCACUGACAGAACACGAAAUAAAAAUAUGCGCAUAGUUUGUCGUAGAAAUCGUUGAGCUAGAUAGCAUUGGAAACGAUGUUAGGUUGAUAAUUUAAUAUAUACAAGAACUGUGAAGGUUUGUUUUUCAACGGAUUUGUUAGUCUUCCAACAAAUCGAAGAACGAAUUUUAAUAUUGUCCAACGUUUCGGUGCUGAUAUGCAUCAUCUACAGGGGAAACUAGUUUUAAUGCAUAACAAUUAGUUUGGUUUUAAGAUGAUAUAUGUUUGUUGUAUUUACAAUAUAGUUCGUCCUUCGUCUAAAUAUUUUAUUAAGCUAUAUGUCAGGAAUGUUGCUGAUUGUUGGUACAUCUAUAAAUAUGAAAUAUAUGGUAUCUGACCGUACAUUCUA